UAUGGUUUUUAGUCUAUAGAUAGUUCUUUCUUUGAACAAUAGUGAAUUUAUCGAAAUAUGAAUACGCCCAUUUGUUUUUCAAAAUACUUUGUGGACAAACACAAUCUGCGGUCGUUCGACAAUGUUUUGAAAUCAAAAGUUUUCAAUUAUGACGAUUCCACUUUUUGUUUAUAUUUGUUGAAAAGUGAAACGUCGAUUUGUAGCCUAACAAAGGAACUCAUUAAAAUCUUUUCACUAAUGAAAUCUAAUCUAAAAAACAAAUGCAAAGAAGAUUUUACACAGUAUUUUAAUCAGCUGACACAAAAAGUCGGUUUAGAAGAAGUGGAUAAAGAAUUUAUUUUUAAAUGUUCUUAUCAAGCUCUUUGUGAUAUCGUACCAUUUAAUUUCUUUGGAAAUUAUGAAAAUAAAAAGUUAUUUCGAUGUAUGGUACACGACAUAAUUUUUAGUAUGAAAAUGCAACAUUUACUACCCGAAAAAUAUUUGAAAACAUGGGAUUUUGACAUUUUGCCUUGGAGAAACAUAUCAUAUACUAUUCUGCAUAAAAUUUUGUUAUGGUUAUUAACAGCAAUUUUACCUUCCAUAAUAUGUUUAACUUUUUAUGUAACAACAUGUAAAUUAGAUUCAGAUGAAAACAAACUUAUUUACUUCUGGAAAAGUCAGUGGCAAAGUUUCUGUGAUAAGAAAAUUUCAAAGAUGUUGUUCAGUAAUGUAAUGGAAAAAUUUGAACCUUAUUGUUUAGGAAAAAAAAUAAAACGAAACCUUCCCAUUGCGAAAAGACUGGAUUUAAAGAAAUUGAUAAAAGAAGUUCCCAAAUUACAUCUAGUUUUGAAAGCAAAUUAUGAUUGUAGACCCAUUGUAAAAUACAGAAAUGAUGAGUUAAACAAGAGACAAAAAUAUAGAAUAAAAGAGAAGCUUCAACUUCUAAAACUACUCACUGGAAACCAACAACACAAAAUUGAAACUGCAUAUCCAAAAUUGCACUCAAAGUGGUUAGAGUUAAAUAAACCUAAGCUAUAUUUUAUUAAGACUGAUUUGAGUGAUGCUUUUGGCUCUAUAAAUACCGAUAAAAUGAUGAAAAUUCUGCAUGAAAACUAUUUGAAUUAUCAUAAAACAGAAAGCAAUAUGGUUUUAAAGAAAAGAGUGUCAGAGCAAUUUAGAAAUUUAGUAGCUGAAUUAAGAAAACCGUUGCUUGUGCGAUUUGGUUCUACAAUAUUUAGAUGGAAAGAAGGCUUAGUACAGGGGUAUAAAUACUCACCAGCUUUAUCAGAACUGUAUUAUUCUUAUAUGGACAAAAUAUAUUUGACUGAACAUCUAAAAGUUGAUAACUGGAAAAUAAAAAUGUUUUUUAGGGUUGUGGAUGACUAUUUAUAUAUAACAGACUGUUUUGAUGAUGCCAAAGCAUUUUUGUCUAAAAUUACAAAUUACAGAAAUGUAAACUAUAGUAAAACUGCUGUUAACUUUCAGCAUCCAAGCAUACGGUACUCAGAAGAUAUUACCUUCAUAGGUUACAGUUAUAACACAGUUACUUUAGAGGUCAGUAGAGUUAAUAGUAUUUUCUAUGGACAGAUAUGUUACAAAAUAAAGUUUACAAAUGCUAUUGAGAACAUUAGUAACUUCAUUGAGAACAGAAUUGGUCAGUCAGGUGUUCAAAUAAGUAGUCACUUAUUUAAUUUGCAAUACAACAGUGAAGAAUUAAUUUGGAAACAUGUAUUUACUACCUUUUGUUUUUCUGGUAAUAAAUUUUGUACAAUAUUGGCUAUAGCAUGCUGUGAAAAAGAUAUGAAAAAUUACUUGCCUUUGUACAAAAAGAGGGUCACCGUCAGAAUCACUAAUGCAAUCUUAGAAAAUUUAAUGAUGGCUAAACCAAAACUGAUUGAAUUUGUGUAUUGUAUAAAUCAUUUUCGGUAUUUGUCAUGGCUUGCUUUAUAUUACAAUGCCCAAAAAACAUGGAAAUGUUCCAAUUUAAUACCAUUAAUAAAAGUUGAAUUAGUUAAAGCAAACUGUUUGUUUGGGAAAUGGCGGGAACAUGCUCGUUUUAUAAGCAGCAAUGGAGAUGUUCAAAAUACUGCUAUCAAAGAAAUAUGUAGGCGUUCAGACUUACGAGCUAUUGUGAAGAAAAUGGAUAGAUUACCAUAUGGAUUUGAAGUUUUUAAUAAAAAAAAGUUCUAGUGUUUAAGAAACAUUAUUUUGUAAUA